AUGAAGUACAUCAGACCUUGCAGUCAGAGCAUCAUUAGCCUGGACGCCUGUGGAACGCAAACACUACAGCAAGCUUCAGAGAAAGGGAUUGAUGAGACAGAGAAUCAGGUUAGCUAUUCCAUACCCGAGGAAAUGCCUAAAGGUUCACUGGUCGGUAAUAUAGUGCAGGAUUUGGGGUUGGAUUUAAAUAGAGUAAAAACUGGCAAUGCUCGUGUCUAUACUGGAGACAGCGCUGAAUACAUUGAGCUGAAUAAAGAAAGGGGAGUCCUCCAUAUUAAAGAGAGAAUAGAUCGCGAACGAUUGUGCGGAAAGACAAGCCCUUGUGCUUUACAUUUCCAGAUCAUUCUGGAAAACCCCAUGGAAUUUUAUCCAAUUAAAAUCUAUAUCCAAGACCAGAACGAUAACGCGCCUCAAAUUCUGUACCCAGUUCAGACUAGUGUCUCUGUGGUUUCAGAAAUUGUGCCUCGCUCUGCAGAUAUUGGAUAUCUUGUAACUAAAGUUGUCGCCAUUGAUGUGGACUCCGGACAGAAUGCCUGGCUCUCGUAUAAACUACUGAAAUCCACAGACAGAGCGCUGUUUGAAGUGGGCUCACAGAAUGGAGAAAUAAGAACUUUACGCCAGGUCACUGAUAAAGAUGCUGUGAAACAAAGACUCACCGUUGUAGUGGAGGACAACGGACAGCCCUCCCGCUCUGCUACAGUGAAUGUCAAUGUGGCGGUGGCUGACAGUUUCCCGGAAGUGCUUUCAGAAUUCACGGAUUUUACGCACGACAAGAAUUACAAUGACAACUUGACUUUUUAUUUAGUAUUAGCAUUGGCAGUAGUUUCCUUCCUCUUCGUUUCAUCAUUGGUAGUUUUAAUAUCAGUGAAAGUCUACAGAUGGAGACAAUCCCGCAUCUUCUAUCAGUCCAAUCUUCCAGUUAUUCCUUACUAUCCGCCCCGUUACGCAGACGGAGAUACAGGGACUCUACAGCACGUGUACAAUUAUGAGUUGUACAGGACCACUGACUCCAGAAAGAGUGACAUUAAGUACCUCAGACCCAUCAGUCAAAGCCUCGUCAGUGUUGAUGCAAGUGGCGCAGAGACCAUGCCGCACGUGCACAGGGAGAGGCCACUGCUAGAAACCGAGGAUUCUUCAACAGAGGCUCUGGAGCACCUCCCAUGUUACUGCUGCGCACAAGACACAGAGAAAGGGUAG